UAAUGACUACUACCACCUCCUUCCCAAUUCUCCAUCUCCCUGCAAAGUCUCUGAAACAUGCAAUUUGCUGUCUGACUCCAGAGGAAAUAAUCAAGUUCUCUCUGGUAUCCAAAUCUACAAAACGGGCUGCAGAAUCGUUGAACCUCGAACAAGACAUUUAUUCGAUUGACAUCGACGAAAUUGUUAGUGUAAAUGUGGAGUGUGACUUAAUCAAAUGGAACCCAUUGGAAGUCGAUUUAAGAACUCUUAUAGAUCAUAUUCAAUGUGUGUUUCACACAAAUGAAGUCAGUCAUUUGCUUAUUAGCAACGACAAUCACGACUGGAAAUCCAUACAUAAAGCUCUUGACGGCGUGAACUGCUCUAGGACAUCUCUGGAAGUCCAUUCUCAGAACAUCUGGCUCCAGAGAAUUGUUAACCAGUUUUCCAGCUGUUUUCUUCAACUAUUUCUUUCGAAAUCCACUUGGUAUCAUCCGAUAUUAAGCGCACACCGAAUUCAAUUGAAUCUUUUAAUUCCCUCCACUGAUUUUUCCUGUGAGCACCUACAUGUAAACCAAAAAAUGAGUUCAAGGGAUUUGAACUUAUUUUUAAAACGCUGGAUGAGAGGAGAGUACAAGUCUCUUAAAAGCCUACGCUGCCAUGUGGGAUCUGAGGCGAGUGCGGAUGAGAUUUUCAAAGACGUAAAGUAUAAGGAAGAGAAUGUCAAAAGUGUAAUACAAUGGAAUUGGGGAUUUAUGAAAGUCAAAAGAGUCAUCUACCGAUUUGAUGGAACACGGGCGACUUGUGUUCUGAAAUAUGGAUAUGUAACCUUCGACGUUUUAAAGUGAUUUUUUUAAAGAUAUUCUUGUAAUAUUUCUUCGAUGAAUAAAUUUGUUGCUAUU